AUGUCGAAGAAGAAAGUUAGUGGAAGCACCAUGACGCUCAAGGACUUUCAUGGCGGUUCUAUACCCUCUGAUCUCCCUCUCCCUUCGGCUCCCGGCGUAACUGUGAGGCCUUCCGACCGUGUUGGUUAUGAUCGGCCUGCUUCAUGGGGAGCCCCGAUGGGGAGGCCGGAUCAUUGGUCUCGGCCCCACACGUCGCCUGCGACUAGGCAUUACGAUGACAAAUCUCUGUUUCUUCCGCAUACUACUCAGAUUGGGAGGAAUUUUGAUGAGGAUGAGAGAAAGCCGUUGGAUGGAAGUUCGGCCCCAAGGAGACAAAUUAGUGACGAGACAUUCCGUGCUCCUCUGCCUUCUCGUGUUGAGGUGAAGAGAAGUAGUUCAUUGAGCAGGCAGCUGGCUCCGGUGUCCCCUGUUGGGAAUGUUAAUUCGUACUCGGCCAGGCUUACUGAGACGGUUCAUGUGGGGGUAAAUUCUCAGAGUUUUGGAGGUAGUAAGGAGCAUGGACCUGCUGCUAAUGCUUCUGGUGGUGGCGGUGGCGGUGGUUAUCCAAAUGCGUGGUCCAUGAGGAAGGAGGUGGCGGCUGCUGUUGAGUCGGAACAAGCUGCUUGGUCUGCUGCUAAUGCUGUUUCCAAGUUGACUCAUGCUAGUGCCCUUGAUAAGGUGGCUUCUGGUAGAUGGCAGUCGGUUCAUUAUCAGACAGAUGUUGAGGCGGUCAGACCUUCCGAAGUGGAGAGUAGACCGCAUGCGUUUAUUAAUAGUAAUAGGAUGGAUAUAGUGCGGCAAAAUGAACAUUCUGAUGAAAUGCUAGCAAGACAUGCUGAAAGGAGUUUAGGUAUUGAUAACCAGAUGCGAGGUGGUAGGAAUGAGUUAUCAGAACAUGAUAGGUCGGGGAUUUCCAAGUAUUCAGACAUGCGUCCGAGAAGUGUAGGUCAGUUUUCUGACAGGGUUCAGCCUGCUCGAACUGAUGCUAAAGUUGUUGGCUCUGAAUCACAGCACCAUAUAGCUUCUGAACCAAUUGAGCGACCUAAACUCAAGUUGCUGCCAAGAACAAAGCCGCUGGAAAGUUCAGAACCUUCUGUUACAGAACACACCCAGGGAUAUCGUCAAGUUAAUGAUUCUAGCCAUGUUGAACCUGUUUAUCAGGGACAUGGGCAUGCCAAUCUUGUGAAGCCAGUUUCGGCUGGAACCGAAAGUGGGAAGGAUUUAGGACAGCGUCCGAAGCUGAAUCUGAAGCCUCUGAAGCCCCGGCCUGAGGUCUAUGAACAGUCAGAAGGAAACAAGGAAAGAGACAGGAAUGCUUUAUUUGGUGGAGCUCGUCCUCGAGAAUUAGUUUUGAAGGAGCGAGGGGUUGAUGAUGUUGCAAUAAAAAACUAUGACGUGGUUGAGAGUUCAAACAGGGUUGAACAAAACAUUUUGAGGUCUGAGAAACUUCACGAUCAUUCAAGCCAGACUCGUUAUGGUGAAAAAACCGACGAUGGUCUCAAUCAAAGAACAGGCCGAAAACCUGAAAGGAAGGAGCAAAAGGUAGAUGGUGACAGGGCUCUUGGACAGAGAAAGAAUUGGCGCAGUGGUGAUAAUAAUAAUAAUAAUAAUAAUAAUAGUAAUAAUAAUAAUAAUAAUAAUAAUAAUAAUAAUAAUCAUCAUCGGAGAAACCCGAGGGAAACUGAUAGGCAACAAGUCUCUGAGAGGCAAUCUUCACCUGAAACAUGGCGCAAGCCUGUGGAAUCAUCUCAAGGUGCCGGUGCCGAUGGUCCACGCUACAGUAGAGCAGCUUCAGCGGUUGAACUUGCUCAAGCAUUCUCAAAAUCCGUGUCAGAUCCCAAAGUAAAUGAUAAGUUUUCAGUUCAAAGGGACUUGAACAAUGGAAGGCCACAAGUUCCCUUUUCACGGCUUGUUGGUCCUACUACUUCAAGACCUCAGAUAAAUGGUUAUUAA